UGGGAUACCCUGUGGCUCUCAGGCUCUCACAGUCUCAGAGAGAGAGAGAUCCAGUCAGCUUUAAAUGCUCCUUUUUUGUAUUGCUGAAGAUCUUGUAUGUGAAUCACAUGUGUAUAUAUAUAUAGAGAGAGAGAGCACCAGUCAGACAGAACUCAACCAUCAAGACGAUUGCAGCUUCAGGGAGUUACUGUGUUCAACCAGAACUAGAGCAGAACAACCAGACACCAGGGAGGAAGAGGAGUGAAUCACUUCUGAUCUGAGCAUCUGUAACUUUUUACUCUUCAGUCUUUUAAAACUCUUCAGUCCUGGAGAUCGCUUGUGCAGAGCAACUGGAGGCUUCAGUGAUUAGAGCUUGAGUGUGUUACUAACUGGGGGAAGAGAGAGAGGAAAAAAAACCUUGGUCAACUCUUGGCAAGAAGGGGAGAGAGGAUUGGUGGGGGGAGUCCCGCUUUCUAAAGCUUCUCACUUGCUCUCUGGCGCUGAGAUGGAGAUUGCUUUGAGCUGCUAUGAGGAAUGAGAGCCGGUAUGGAUCCGGGGCAAUAUGAUGGAGAUCCGGGCUUGAUCCAGAACCUCUCCUAUUAUUCUGUCUUGUUCAAUGGGAACCUGACUGGCAACAUCUCAAACGGGACUUUCCAAAAUAGGACCUCAUCUCCAGCACUGGACCCCGGCCGAGCAGCCACAUUGGGGCUGGUGUUGGGACUCUUCUUCCUGUUCGCUCUGGUAGGCAACAUCUUGGUCAUUCUGUCGGUGGCUUUCAACCGGCACUUGCAGACCACCACCAACUACUUCAUCAUCAACCUGGCCAUCGCUGAUCUCCUCCUGAGCACCACAGUUCUGCCCUUUUCUGCCACACUGGAGAUCCUGGGCUACUGGACCUUUGGGAGGAUAUUUUGCGACAUCUGGGCAGCUGUGGACGUGCUGUGUUGCACAGCUUCCAUCAUGAGCCUGUGUGCCAUCUCCAUAGACCGCUACAUCGGUGUGCGCUACUCCCUUCGCUACCCCUCCAUCGUCACCGAGAAGAAAGCAGUGUUGGUGGUGGUGGGAGUCUGGGUCCUAUCCAUUGUCAUCUCCAUAGGACCUCUCUUGGGUUGGAAACAGCCAGCACCACCGGAUGAAAGAGACUGCCAAAUCACUGAAGACCCAGGCUACGCUCUCUUCUCCUCCCUGGGCUCCUUCUACAUUCCCCUGGCUGUCAUCCUGGUCAUGUACUGCAGAGUUUACAUAGUGGCCAAGAGGACCACAAGGAACCUGGAGGCUGGGAUCAUGAGGGAGAGAUCAGAUUCCAGCGAGUUAACCCUGCGUAUCCACUGCAGGAACAUUCAGGAGGACUCUCUUGGAGUGUCCAAGUCCAAAGGGAACCAUAUCAGAAGCUCGUUGUCCGUGCGCCUCCUCAAGUUCUCCAGAGAGAAGAAAGCCGCCAAGACUCUCGGCAUCGUAGUUGGCAUGUUUGUCCUUUGCUGGUUCCCAUUUUUCCUUGCUCUCCCCCUUGGUUCGUUCUUCCCUUCUUUGAGACCAACAGACACUGUCUUUAAAGUGGUGUUUUGGCUGGGCUACUCCAACAGCUGUUUGAACCCCAUCAUUUACUCUUGUUCCAGCAAAGAGUUCAAGCGAGCGUUCAUCCGGAUUCUGAAAUGCCAGUGUCGCCGCAGAAAGCGACCUGCCUGGCGCAUGCACAAUUACAACUGGAAAAUGAGCUCACUGGAGCAUCACCAUAAAGAUUCCGCAGAGGACGGCUCCGUUAUUUUCAACGGUAGCGCCCGGAAGGUCAUGGUCACCGGCAGCCCCAACUUCGUGGGCAAGAGUCAGCGGGAGAACGUGGAGAUGUGUGCUUGCCGAGACUGGCGGCUGCUCCCGUCCUUUCACCACAACCCGCUCCGAGGCAAGGGGACCAAGGAAAUGUGCGAGUUUCCCGGCAAGAUCAUCAACGGACAGUACGGGAUCUGCACAGGGUCGGAGGAGAAGAGCGAUCAGUUUGCAUGUCAAGCCAAGCCCGAGGGGUGGUUACCAGCAAACGUCAGUAACAAAGUGACUCGAAACGUCCUCGAAACAGAUAUUUAAAGGGGCUCGGCACCUUUACCACUUGUACAGACCUGGUUGUGAAAUUGCUGUUGUUUGCUCCAUUGUUUACAAGAGUAUAAACACACAUAUAAUUAUAAAUGCUAUAUAAAUGUUUCACUCUCCUUUCUAUAUGUUAUUAUAAUUUAUUGUUUUGGAUACAGUAUAUAUGUAUAUAUGUUGCUAUGAAAACCAUCAUAUCCUCAGGAAAGUGUCUGCUUACCUAUACGCAUGGCCCCUACUUCAUCUGAAACCUGUAUGCACAAGUGGGGCUGUGAUUUUGAGAACUGCUUUUGGCCAGUGUUAAAUAAAAGGAUAUCGCACCUAA